AGGAAGAUCAUGUAACUAUUUGCAUCUGUUCGUCAAUCCUGGCAAUAGAUACCGAUACGAUCACAACAAAGAGCUGCAAUCUGUUCGAGCUUCCGCCAUCCGCAGCAGAAUGACGCAGCGGACUCAACUAAUUGAAAGAACCUGGGACGACAUAGAAGUUCCAGCGAAACAUAGAGCCAGCUGGCGCUGGUCAGAAACACCAGAGGUCGAGAUGUCCAAGGAUCGCAAUCGGAAGACAUCACGUGAGAGAUCUCACUCCGGCCGUGAGCACCAUAAAAAGGGAUCUCGCAGCAAAAGUCGUAGCAGCUCUAAAGCUAGUAGUCACCGUCAUAAUCAGAGUCGGAACAGAUCAGUGGAUAGAUCUCGCCAUGAUAAGGAUAGACACCGGCGUGGAAACGGAGACAGUAAGGAACGCAGCCGUGACAGACACUAUGAUGUAAGGAAAAAUACGGAGCGUUCCAGAAGUCGCGAAUCUCGACGAAAAGAUUCGAAAAAGGAAAAAUCUCACAAUAAAUCGCGAAAAAAAUAA